AUGCCUGAGUCACUCACAGCCGAGGAGGUCCACUCCCAGAACGAUCCCAGCGUCGCCAAGCAGUUCGACGAUGAGACCCCUAAGGCCCAGCAGUUCGAGGAUAUGUACGGCAUCGCAGACAACAUGAAGUUCAGCUUGCUGGGCACCUACCGACCUGGUGUCGGCCCAGUGCACCGCGCCAUGGCCGUUGGCCGACGAGAGGGCCCCGACUUCCUCUACGUCGCCAACAACCACAGCCAGAAAUUCAAGGACCUGAGCGAGAACAAGGAGUGCUCGAUCACCUUCCAGGACUCGUCGACCGGGAACUGGAUCAGCGUCACUGGCACCGCCACGACGACCGACAACAGCGACCCGAGGAUCAAGGAGAUCUACAGCCCGGUUAUCAAGGCGUGGUUCGGUGACCUUGGUGACGGUGUGCACAACGGCACGUACGAGGACCCGCGGAUGACGCUCAUCGAGGUGAAGGCUAAGCACAUUACCUACUGGAAGACUACCGUCGGCAUGCUGGGCUUCGCCAAGGAAGUUGGGCUUGCGGCUGUGACCGGCAAGGUCGCCGCACCUGGUGUGCAGAGGCGUAUGACGGAGGAGGAGAUUGCUCAGGAGAGGAAGAUGAGGAGAAACGUGUAG